AUGGUGAAGUUCCUGAAGCCGGGCAAGGCGGUGAUCCUGCUGCAGGGCAAGUACGCCGGGAAGAAGGUGGUGAUUGUGCGCGUGUUCGAGGAGGGCACCCGCGACCGCCCCUACGGGCACUACUUGGUCGCCGGCCUGGCCAAAUACCCGAAGAAGGUGAUCCGCAAGGACUCAGCCAAGAAAUCCCACGUCAAGGUCUUCCUCAAGCUCGUCAACUUCACCCACCUCAAGCCCACCCGCUACACCCUCUACGUCGACCUCAAGGAGGUGGUAUCCGGCGCCCCCGACUCCCUCACCACCAAGGACAAGAAACUCAACGCCACCAAGUCUUCCAAGGCCAAGCUCGAGGAGAGCUUCAAGACCUGCAAGAACAAGUGGUUCUUCACUAAGCUCCGCAUGAUUCGACAUGAUUCAUGA